AUGGAUGCUCUUAGGAAUCUGGCCAACAACAUCCCAGAUUGGCAACGACGGCUGGAUGACCUGAACGGUCAAAUUGAACGUCGGCAGGCGGAGCUUGCCGCUAUUGCUAGAACCAACGCGACUUCCACCGACUCAUCCCGACCUCUCCGCAACAAGGGCUCUUCAGAAUCCCUAAAGCCGAAAGAUGAUGGCCCAAUGCAUCCCGACCUCGACCUGGCUGUGACUCCGAGCCAAGGCCAGCGUAAACGAAUCGCUCCUCGAACACCGCCAACACCAUCUGGAGAGGCCAAGGCCACGCCAGCAUCACCGCCAAGCCCUGACAGUGAGAGCCGUGUAGCGCUGCAUAGACAGGCUCGUGAAGCUGUUAAUGCCCAUGCCCGAGCUUUGGCACAAACCAAAAAGAAGCAAAAGUCUUCGUCGGUCCUAUCUGCGGAUGGUGUCCCACCUACAUAUCGAACUCGCAGCAUGAUUAUGGUGUAUUAUGAUAGCUAUGUCCAAGGGUUUUUUGACGAGUUAGUGAGGUUCAUAUCCUCAAGCCGGAAUUUGAUGCGCAAGGCAAAAAUGGCAGCCAAGGUUGCGCAGAUUAAGCGUAUGGCCGAACUGGAAAUUGCAAACGACGCAAAGCGCACUAGUGACGAAAGGUUCGCGGUCGAUGCAAUCCCGUCACUCAGGUAUAUGAGCACUCGAAAAGUCGGCACCACAUCUCAAGAACUCACGUCUGGGGAGCCAAGCCGUCCAGCAGGCCCUGAACAACCGGCCGACGUAUAUGACUCUCUGGACAAGAGCCUGGAGUUUGUGCAAAGCACGUGCGAACAUGGAGCCCACCAGUUCCUCAGGGAUGCCGACUGCCAUGACGAGAUUGGGAAGAUUCAAUCACGCUUGGUAGAGGUUUUGAUAGCAGCAAAACAGGAGAUUGACCGGGUGCAACGAGAGGACCCCGAGCUUGCCAAAGAAACGGGCGAAUUGGGUAAGGUACGCCUUCACCGGCCGAUUAGCGUGAGGCGCGAUAUGACAGCUGAGUGCAAGGAUGAAGUGAGUCAUAACGACGGAUGUCUAACUUGGGAGAUAUCUCCCGAGAAAGAUGCCACGUUGCAAACAGAAAUGGCACUUGAGGUGGACACUAAUCUAGAAGAGGAGGAUAUGGACAACCUCCCCGUGCUGCAGUAUCGAUCGACCAGAUUGAUGCGAAGCCGUCCGGUCUGA